AUGAAGAAACAAAUGCCUCAAUUUGUUAGUGCUUUGGCAUUUUUCUUGAUUGCAACCUGCACUAUGGCAUAUUCACCAUAUCCUUAUAAACCACCAUUGUCACAAGACAAUUACAAAGUGCCAGAAUUCUCCAAGAAUCAAUACAAGGUACCUUCAAUAUCUAAACAUGAAUACAAGGUGCCAUCUAGUUCACCAAAGAAUAACUAUUACGAGAGGCCAUCAGUUCCAAAAAAUAACUAUAACAAGGUGCCACAUGUUCUAAAAGAUAACUAUUAUAAAGCACCCUCAGCGCCUAAACAUGUAUACAAGGCGUCAUCUUUGCCAAAGAAUGACUACUACAAGAAGCCAUCUGUUCUAGAAUAUAACUACAAGAAGGUGCCAUUUGUUCCAAAAGAUAACUACUACAAGGUACCUUCAAUGCCUAAACAGGAAUACAAAGCACCAUCUUUGCCAAAGAAUGAAUACUACAAAAAGCCAUCAGUUCCAACAAAUACCUACAAGAAGGUGCCAUCUCUUCCAAAAGAUAACUAUUACAAGACACCCUCAACACCUGAACAGGAAUACAAGGUGCCAUCAGUUCCAAAGAAUAACUACAAGGUGCCAUUUGUACCUGAAUACAAGGUGCCAUCAGUUCCAAAGAAUAACUACAAGGUGCCAUUUGUACCUGAAUACAAGGUGCCAUCUUUACCAAAGAAUGACUACUACAAAAAGCCAUUCGUUCCAAAAGAUAACUACAAAAAGGUGCCAUCUCUUCCAAAAGGUAACUAUUACAAGACACCCUCAACACCUGAACAGGAAUACAAGGUGCCAUCUUUACCAAAGAAUGACUACUACAAAAAGCCAUUCGUUCCAAAAGAUAACUACAAAAAGGUGCCAUCUCUUUCAAAAAAUAACUACUACAAAAUACCCUCAAUGCCUGAACAUGAAUACAAGGUGCGCUCUUUGCCUCAGAAUGAUUAUUACAAAAAACUAUCAGCUUCUCCUCCACCACCUUACUACUAUAGUUCACCCCCUUCUCCUUCCCCAUCACCACCACGCCCUUACUAUUAUCAAUCAACUUCAACUCCUUCUCCAUCACCACCUCCUCCAUAUUAUUAA